UGAAAUUGCUGACUACUUUAGCUAUUACUGGGGGGGAAAAGGUGAAGAAGACUGCAACAUCACCACCAUCAUUACUGCAACAAUCAAGCUGAGCAUCAGCAAACUGGACAAGUUGUUUAUACAGAAUACUUGAGCAAGGAAUCAUGAAAGACAACUAUGGAGGAUACGAGAACCGGCUUUUCAAAGAGGAGGAUCUCACUGGCGAGGAGGAGGAUAUACCUUCAUUCAGAGGUCGUACCAGAGGUGGCUGUGUGAAGUGCCAGCCGAGCCACUCACUCCAGCUGGCUGUCAAAGUCCUCUAUGGAUUUGUUGCAUUUCUCAUCAUCACCAUUGCAGUGCUGGCGUCACUCGUGUUCAGGAAGGUUGACAACCUGGCUGACGAGGAGUCUGUCUACCACAAGAAGAUCAUCAGUGUUCAGCAAGGAAUAGAGGAUCUGAGCUCUGCCUCUAACUGUUCAGGCUGUCUGGAUGCGACUCUGUACAGUGAGGAGAUCAGCAGGCUGAAGAGAGAGUUUGAAGACAUCCAGAAAAUGAUACUGGGACAGGAACAGGUCCUGGACCAGGCCUCUCAGACCCAGACCACUCAAAAAGCCACCAGCACCCGACUGACUCGCGACAUGCAAAACCACCUAAUGUCAAUCAAACUUCUCAACCAGUCGCUGGUUAGAUACCUGGGUCAGGUGGAGGGCUGGAAGGACGUGAUCGAGGAAACUGACGAAAAGUUGAAAACUCUGAUGGAGGAUCAGUAUGACAUCAAAGCUACCGCACAGCAAGUUAACACCACAGUGGCGCUCAGCACAAUGUGGAUAGACGCUUUGCAGAGGAAAGCAGAUGAGGAAACUGUUGUCCUCCAGAAGCUGACCAACGACUGGCAAAACUACACCCAAGUUCUGAGUGUGAUGAAAUCCAACACGAGUAACACUGUGCAAAACAUGCGCUUUCUGCAAAACAACAUCAUAGCAGAUCACCAGAGAAUAUCCAUGUCCAACCAAGUUUUCUAUGACCUCACUCAGCAGGUGAUGAACCUGCAGAUGCAACUUGAUAAUGUAACCUCUUUCAUGGAUGAACAUGAAGAGAACAUGCAUGACCUUCAGUACCAUUCCAGGUACUACGAAAAUCGGACAGGUGAACGUUUCUCUGCCUUGGAUGGUCGUCUGAACUCAAUCGAGAUGGAUAUCGACACGAUAUCCUCCAGCAUCAACGCCACCGUCAGUCACGUCCAAAGCAUGUACAAGUAUAUCAACAUCGAAACCUCAACCUAUCAGGGCCGCCUGAGCAGACAAACAGAAGAUCUACAGAACAUGAACCAUACAGUUUUGUUACUCCUCACCUUGGCCGACACGCUGAGACAGCAGAACAUGUUGUUGAAUGUCCGACUAGAUAUGGAUGUCAGGAACUUGUCCAUGGUGAUGGAGGAGAUGAAGCUGGUAGAUACACACCAUACACAGGUCAUAAAGAACCUCACUAUACUAAAAGGUGUUCCAGGACGACCAGGGCCCAAAGGGAACCGUGGGGAAACUGGUUCAAAAGGACCCAUGGGACUGACCGGAAGCAAAGGUGACCGAGGCCCCAUAGGAGGUCGUGGAUCUGCUGGAGAGAAGGGGUUUAUUGGACCUAAAGGUGUACCAGGUGAAACAGGCCCCACUGGCAACAGAGGUGCAGUAGGCAUAAAAGGAGCCAAGGGAUCUCUUGGUCAGCCAGGACCGCGUGGUGAGAGGGGCCAGAAAGGUGACAUGGGCCCCUCUGGAAUAGAUGGCCGCCCAGGACCAACAGGACCUCAAGGGAGCAAGGGCUCUCCAGGAAAACAAGGCAUGUAUGGGCCGCAAGGGCCACAAGGAAAACCUGGGCCAGUUGGGCCGCCUGGCCCACCCGGAACUCCUGGACCUCCAGGAUUGCCAUAUCCCCAUGACCAAAUCAAUGUCCAGCAGCCAAACGAGUCUGCUGCUGGAUCCAAGAGGCGUUAGAACUCAGAGGUGAUUUAUAAACCACAGAAGCAUUAUUGACAGAUAUAAACAGAAGGAGUAUAUAGCCAUUGUGACUGGUGAUGCAGCAGUUGAUGAAGGGAAAAACUCGUAUUCAAUUUCUAUGGGAUUGUGCAAAACGGCACAGAACUUCACAACCAUACCAAGUGCAACAGGCAUUCUCCUGAUAAAAAAGACUUAGCAAGCUGAGGUAAAUCAAGAGGAAGGUUUACAAUUAGAAGACAG